AUGGUUUGGUCGGACCCAGACAAGAGGAUCGUUAUACCUCCUGAGGAAGCAACCAUCGACCCUAAAGAGCUAGUCUGUGACUCUUCGCUACACCAAGCAAGUCGUUCAGAUGAAAUCUUGAAAGGCGGACCAGUGGAAAAGCUCCCAUACCAAACAUCCCAUGGAGUCUGCACGCAAGGAUAUGAAUAUGCUUUGCUUACUUUGACACCUCCAACUCAAUUGGUACCUGGGAGUCAAUCGAAUGCUCUCCAAAAUCUUCGAGAGCAUUCCGUUUUCUCUGUCACUUCCGCUACUCUGUUGGGCAGCGAAUCAUCAGGGAGUCCCGAGUCUAGUUAUGAGGAUGGCCACUCACCAAUCUCGAACCAAGGAAACAGUCAAAUGCUACACCAGAAGGAGCCGGAUAGAACGCGACGAAAGAGAAAGAAGCCGGAAGAGCUGGCGUGA